AUGAGCCUACACGUUCCAGCUUGGAUAAAAAGCAGUCGACAAAUUAUGCUUGGAAUGGAAGAACAUGUUACAGAAGAAUCCACUACAUCAAAAUGGGUUAUCGGAUCAGUAUUUUUAUUAGGAGCUGCCUUAGUGACUGUUGGUGGCUGUUUGUGUUGCAAAAGGAAGAAAGGUUUCAAGGAGUUCAAUAAUGAGCCAGGUUCUGCCACUCACACCGUCAAUGCUGAAUCCCCGUUUCCAAUUUUCCGUCCAUUGAACCAAAACCAGGCAUCUCAAAACGGUUCCGGUGAAAACCAAUCUGAAGUAACACCACUGAAACAUCCAGACAGCCCCGUAUUACCUCAUAACAAUAUUGAAUCUUCAAACUCAGGUUUAGUUAGCCAAAUUUCCAAUGAAAACAACCAUCUUAUGAUAGACGAACCGAUUGUAUCACCAGAACAUGCGGUCAACAUUGAAGCUCCUAGGCCUGUAGUAGAUAAUAUUGCUUCGAUUAGAAGCAAUAUGCAAAUAAUUAGCAAUGCUAUAAUAAAUAUAGUAACCAAUGAUCAUAUGGAGAAUGAUAAUAAUAAUGGGCCGAUAUCUGAAUUGGAUAUUCAGAAUAUAGCCAACAACAAUGCAGAAGGUUAUAUUCAGAAUCAGAAUGAACUUUUUCUUAACCAGAAUCUUAACAUGGUUUCAGAAAACCACCAGAAUGCUGGUAAUGCUUUUAUCAAUUUUAAUCAGAACUUUGUUGACCUAUCAAGUGUUCCUAGUACUUCAGGUGCAACAAAUCAGAUCAGUAAUGAUGAUCAAACAACGAAAUCAUUUGGAGAUUCUUCAAACGCCGGUGUUGUCCAAUCUGUAAAUCAAUCUCCGAAUGAUAGGUUUUUGGAAACUGCAGGUGCGGGAGAUGAUGUCAACGAGGCGUUGAGGUGUCUAGAAAGUGUUUUGAGCGGGGAAAGUGACUGUGAUUCUGGAAGUUGUUCGUCGCUGGCCGAGGUGCAACUGGAGUUUAACAAUGAUCAUUUUAAAAGUUUGGAAAAACUGGAUCAGUCUAAUGAUGAUAAAAACUGUGAUAAUGAAAAUGUGGUAACGAAACAAAAACCUGAAAGUGAUAAUAUUGCCGUACUAAAAAGUAAUGAUCUUCCAAAAACUCCUAAUAAGGAAACUGUUCAGAAAUCAGAAACUGGUAAUUUACUAAGUGAACAAACUGUAUCUUCUCAUGAGAAAGUAAAUUGUGAUAAUGAGUUCGAUAAUGAAAUGGUAAGUGCACGGAUUUUGAACAAAGAAAAUGAACAUCCUAAUAUUUUAUCAACUGUAUCUGGGCAACCCCAAAACAUCAUAAAAGUUAAAGAUGUAGUUUCAACUAAUGUGGACACUAAUGUUAGCAAAGAUAUUAUUUGUGAUAUUGAAGCAAAAAACGUUCAAGAUAACCAGGAAAAACACAAGUUUGUAAAGAAUACUUCAAACAUAUCAUCAGAAAGCCUAAAUCCUGAGGAAGCAACUUCAAAUAUAUAUUUGGCUGAUGAUUCAACAAAAAUUCAUGUUGGUGAAGAAAUUGUUGAUCACAAAGAAGAAAGUCACAAAAAUGUAGAAAACCACAAUUCUGUGGUUAGUGAUAUAAAUAUUUCUUCAGACAUUACACCUGAAAUUAAUAAUUGUGCUGGUAUUUCUGAUCCAAAUAAAUUAUCUACUGGCACGGAUCAAAAAAUUGUUUGUGAAGUAAGUGAAAACACAAAAGAACCAUGUGAUUUUGCUGAAGACAAAUUGCAAAAUUUGACAUCACCCAAACACAAUGAAAGUUGUAAAGGUGAAAAUUCAGAAACGAUUUCUUUGGAUCUGGUUCAGAAUGUUACCACAUGUACUUCUGAUCCUGAUUAUUUUGGUGUUUCUGAUUCAAAUAAAGAAUCAGUAUCCAGUGGCAAGGAUCAAGAAAUCGUCUGUAAAGUAACUGAAAACACAAAAGAACCAUAUGAUUCUGCUGAAGACAAAUUGCAAAAUUUGACAUCACCAAAACGGAAUGAAAGUUCAUGCAAAACUACCGGUUCAAAAUGA